AUGGAUGAGCUUCAGGCAGAGCAGCUCAUAGAGAAUCUUGUCCAGAGUGAUGCUUGUUAUGGGGGUGAUUAUGAUAGAAAUUUCCCUCCUUCUGACAACAACAGUGACCACAAGCUGAAAGAACUCAGUGAGAGGUUAGAUAGGAUGGGUAAAGUGUUGAUGGCUAACCAAAAGGAAGUUCAUUUUGUGGGAGAGAUCGAUAGUUUUCCUGGUAGCUACCAAGAAGAAUCUGCUGAAGUCUCUGAUUUUCUUGCAGACGUCAAACCCUUGUAG